CCUUCAUUGAGACAAAGACACAACAACUACAACCAAAAAAGCUCGUCUUCUUCUUAUUAAAAGGAAACGUAAAUUUCACUUCUUCUCUCUCUCCGUAGCGCUUUUCUCAGGUUCACUUUGCUCACUGAGUUUGGAUAUUUUGCUGCGGCUCUCUCUCUCUCUUCAAAGAAGGAACGAUGGUGUCGGCGAACAGAGAAAUGGCUGUUUACUGUUUCGACACUUUGGUCUCUCACUACAACAACGAAGAGACUCCACCACCUGCCUUUGAAGAGGCCAAUCAUCCAUUGUUUGUUACCUGGAAGAAAAUAGUGAAUGGUGGGGAGCCUCGAUUGCGUGGAUGUAUUGGUACACUGGAAGCACGCCGCUUGAUCAGUGGCUUCAAGGAUUAUGCCUUGACAAGUGCCUUGAGAGACCGCAGGUUCCCACCUAUACAGGCCAAAGAAUUGCCAUUUCUGCAAUGUACAGUGUCUGUCCUGACUGAUUAUGAGGAUGCAGAAGAUUACCUUGAUUGGGAGGUGGGAAAGCACGGUAUAAUCAUUGAGUUUACUGAACCUGAGACUAAUACAAAGCGAAGUGGUACAUAUUUGCCUGAGGUUGCAGCUCAUGAAGGCUGGACAAAGCUAGAGGCAAUAGAUUCGCUGGUGCGUAAAGCAGGAUACAACGGUGUAAUAACAGAAGCAUUGCGUAGGCGAAUCCAUCUAACGCGUUACCAGAGUACAUUAUUCAGCAUGCAUUACAGCGAAUACCUUUCGUAUGUGAAGGCAACAAGGAGCGUUGGCCCUGGUAUUAAUGGGACCAACACGCCUGCUUUUGCCUGAUUUGCACCCAAACAAAACAAAACCGCUGCAAAUGGAUGCCAUUUGAUUAUGUUUGGCUACCUGUGAUUCUAUCUGUGAUUUCAAACUGUCUGGCUCUUCCAUAAGAGAAACGAGACUUCGACUUUGCUGUUUCACAAUUGUAACAUUAACUAAAUCACUUUGAUAUCUCUCACUUUAUUCCUAGAUUCACUAAUGUGCUUCAACUUA